CGUAUUCCCAAAAAUCUCCUCCCUUUUGAGAAUCUAGAAAGAGAGAGAGAGAGAAUAAAGUGAAGUAAAGGGAAGAGAAGAACCCACCAAAAAGUUUACAUUUUUUUAUUUACAAAACAAAGCUUUGAUUUGUAUAAAAGACCCACUACUCCACCUCUCUAGCUUCUCACACCAUUUCAUCUCCUCUCCUUUUCUCUCUCCUCUGUUUUUAAGGGUUUAGAGAGUUGCAGAGGUUUUCUCUUUGCUCUGAUCAGAAAAAAAAAAAAAGACGAGAAAAGUUUUCAUUUUGACGAUUUUCAAGUUAUGGGUUCUGAUGGGUUGUAAACAAAUCUUUUGUUCUUUUGCGUGAACAAGUUGUAGACAACUCUUUGCUUGUCGAACUCUCUUUCUUUCUUCUGGUCAAAGAACACAACUUUCUGUAAAAAAACAAUGGAGGGUUCUUCAAGAAACGGUGAAAUAUCACCAAAGCUGCUCCAUUUGAUUCCACAAGGGAGAAGAAAUUGGUUUCACCAUGAGAAAGCCUCUGUUUACAACACGGAAGAGAAGAAUCUUGAGCUAAAGCUUGGACCACCUGGUGAAGAUGAAGACGAAGAUGGUUCAUCGAUGAUAAGACGUAUCAAGAAAGAACCAAAAGACAAAUCUAUCCUCUCUCUCGCUGGCAACCACCACUUCUCUCCUUCCAUCACCACCAACAAACCCACAUCUCAGAAAAGAAAUGCUCCUGGUCCAGUGGUGGGUUGGCCUCCGGUUCGAUCAUUCAGGAAGAAUUUAGCUAAUGGAAGCUCUUCAAAGCUUGGAAACGAGUCCACCUCCGUCCUAAAGAACCAAAAGUGUGAUGAUGAUAACGGCCGAGAGAAGCCAGUGGAACCAAAGAGGCAAGGAGGUUUGUUCGUGAAGAUCAACAUGUAUGGUGUUCCCAUUGGUCGUAAAGUAGAUCUCAGUGCGCAUGAUAGCUAUGAACAGUUAUCUCUCACGGUCGACAAGCUCUUUAGGGGUCUUCUUGCAGCUCAAGGAGAAUCAUUAUCAUUUGGAGAAGAAGUGAAACCAAUCACUGGAUUAUUGAGUGGGAAUGGAGAAUAUACUCUUACUUAUGAGGACAAUGAAGGAGACAAGAUGCUUGUAGGAGAUGAUGUCCCAUGGCAUAUGUUUGUAUCUUCGGUGAAGAGGCUGCGUGUGAUCAAAACCUCUGAGAUUUCUUCAGCACUAACAUAUGCAAAUGGUAAGCAGGAGAACAUGGGAAGCUGAAGAAAGAACUUUUGCACCUUAAAGAAGCAGAGAUGUGAUUAUUUUGCUUUUAACUUUUUAACUCUGAUGAGUAUUGGUCUUUGAAAAGUGUUUCUAAUUCAAGUCUUAUGUAGUACAUUCUGGUUUUGGUACAUGUUCUUUUGACUUAUGAAAAUGUCAUAGAUGAGUUUUAAUGAAACUCAAGAUCAGACAAUGAAAAAGAUGAUUUUGGUUCUUGGGAGUAUAUUACAGAUUCUUUUAGUC